AUGGUAAAUGUGUGUUUCCACCAACCGUUCUCCCCUACAGAUGAGCGCCAGGCUCUCCAUUCCAUAAUGAAGGACCUAGUGGCCCUCCAGAUGACGAGGCGCCAGCCUGGGCCCUCUUAUGACACGGGGAAACCCAAGACUCUGCCCAACCCUGCCCCUGCUAAGAGACAGGACGAUGUCAGAAUAAAGUUUGAGUUCAGUGGAGAGAGGAGGAUACUGAUGUUUGGGAGGCCUGUGCAGUUUGAAGAAAUCCAGCAGAAGGUCAAGACUGUCUUUGGCCAACAGCUAGACUUGCACUAUAUGAACAAUGAGCUGUCCAUCCCUCUACGUGGUCAGGACGACCUGGACAAGGCCAUUGACCUGCUGGACCGCAGCUCCAAGAUUAAGAGUAUCAAGAUCUUGCUGCUGACGCAGGAGCAGUGCAAUGCCUCCCCAUCCCCCUCUCCCUCUCCCUCCUCCCACCACACGGUGAGUAAGCAGGUGAGGAUCAAAGCCUCCCAGUCCACGGGUGAUGUCAGCACGGUGUACCAGCCCUCCGAGCCCAGGGGGCGCCACCUCUCCACCAGCUCUCAGAACACAGGCCGUAGCUCCCCCCCUCCUGGCUAUGUCCCUGAGCGGCAGCAGAGGAUCGCCCGCCAGGGCUCCUACACCAGCAUCAACAGUGAGGGAGAGUUCAUCCCAGAGAGCGACCAGUGUGUGCUGGACCCCUGGAGCAGUGCAGAGAACUCUGUCUCAGGAAGCUGCCAGUCGCUGGACAGUAGCUCAGACAGCCCCUCCCUGAGGAAGUCACGCAUGCACCGAGCCAAGAGCUACCCUGAUAACCGGCAGCAGGAGAACGUCUCAGACCGGGAGAACCAUGUGUAUGAUAAGGUGGUGGGGAAGGGAGGGACAUACCCCCGCAGGUACCAUGUCUCCCUGCAUCACAAGGACCAUAGUGAAGGUCGGAGAACGUUCCCGCGGAUCCGUCGCCCCCAGGGUAACCUGUUCACCCUGGUGCCCUCACGGCGCUCCCUCAACGGCAGCGAGGAGAGUCUGGGCAGCUGGCAGCUAGUGGACAAGCAGGGCAGGCUCCGCCCACAGGAGCGCCCUGUCGCCCACAAGUCCCCCAGUGCUCCAAUGACAUGGAGGCGGGGCAAGCUGCUGGGUCAGGGGGCGUUUGGGAGGGUUUACCUGUGUUACGAUGUGGACACGGGACGGGAGCUGGCCGCCAAGCAGGUGGUGUUUGACCCGGACAGUCCUGACACCAGCAAGGAGGUGAGUGCUCUGGAGUGUGAGAUCCAGUUGUUAAAGAACCUCCACCACGAACGCAUCGUCCAGUACUACGGCUGUCUGAGGGACCACAACGAAAAGACCCUCACCAUCUUCAUGGAGUACAUGCCGGGGGGUUCAGUCAAAGACCAGUUGAAGGCCUACGGGGCGCUGACGGAAAACGUGACGCGGAAGUACACACGGCAGAUCCUGGAGGGCAUGUCCUAUCUGCACAGCAACAUGAUCGUUCACCGUGACAUCAAAGGUGCCAACAUCCUGCGGGAUUCGGCGGGAAACGUGAAGCUGGGAGAUUUUGGCGCCAGCAAGAGGCUGCAGACCAUCUGCAUGUCUGGCACGGGCAUCCGCUCUGUCACUGGCACCCCCUACUGGAUGAGCCCCGAGGUGAUCAGCGGAGAGGGCUACGGCAGGAAGGCUGACGUCUGGAGCCUGGGCUGCACAGUGGUGGAGAUGCUGACAGAGAAGCCUCCCUGGGCCGAAUACGAGGCCAUGGCAGCCAUCUUUAAGAUCGCCACCCAGCCCACCAAACCCCUGCUGCCCUCAUACACCUCGGACCACACCCGUGACUUCAUCCACCGCAUCUUUGUGGAGGCCAAGCACCGGCCCAGUGCUGAGGAGCUGCUCAGACACCCCUUCUCCCAGAUCCUCUGCUGAGGGGAAGUACUAGUACACUCUCUCUGUCUCAGCCGCUCCUCAUGACUCAAGGCCUACAGCUGACAUCUAGACUCUAGACUUGUCCCUUUCCAUCCUACAGCUCUCUCCCCAAACCAGACUCACCACCAGUCACACUCAUUACUUAACCCUCAAAUACACAUGAUCCAUUAUGAUGGAUAAUAGCACAGUGCCAUUAUUCCAAGCUGUUAACGACAACUAUCAAAUUCACCUCCAACUUCCCCCACUAGGGGGAGCUAUAUGACUGAUCAGUGUUCAGCUGUCUGCUGUGGAGAACUGGACCCACCAACUCCAUACAAACUGUAUCUAUUCAGCUAUCACCUUGGUGGUCUGUGAGAGGAUCAAACACACACACACACACACACACACACACAGACACUCCAAACACAUCAAAUCUAUUGUAUGUGGCUCAAGAUGGGAUUUGAUCAAGCACCACCACCGAAUGUGCCUUUCAAAUAUGCCAAAGUGUCCCCUCCUAAGUUUACAUUCUCUAGAUGGGCUGUUAGGUGAGACCACUGAGGUAAUGAACUGUUUCAUAUGGGACUUACAGUAAGCUUGAGCAGAGCAGUGUCUGGUCUACUUAGGCCAAGACAGCAGACCCACAGCCACAGCUCAGUGCUUCAACAUGCUAACUGAUGAAACCAACAGAUGCACCACUCAGUGUUAUAGAGACGGGAUGGAUUUUAUUUUUCACUUUCUCCUCUGAUCCGUCUCUGAUAUUCUUCGUAUUUUUGAGAAAGUGCCUCUUGAUGGUCUUUUGAAGACUCACAGUCCCUGAUGGAAGCCCAAGCUGAUCUGUCCUGUCCUCACCAUACAACAUAGAACCAGAGCCAUCAGUGUUUUUGUGUUGUCAUUAUGACCUUCACAGUAGACCAUUGUGAUGACUGUGUCUUAUACUCCAGCUCUCCACUGCAGCCCCUCAGUAUCACAGCCCAGUGUUUUCUGAGUGUACCAACAAUGACCCAUUUCAUUCAUGAAGGGGUUGGUUUCCAGUUUGGUUGGAGGAUAUGCUAACUACACAAUAUUACAAAUUAUAUUGUACUUUGUGAUUGAAAGAGAGAUUUUAUUUUAGUCCUAGACAAAUACAAUCCUAAUGCCUUGAUUUGAAAGUGAGUUGCCAUUAGGUUUACCAGCUUUCUAUGUGUUGACAAGUGUAUCUAGGAAAACGCUACGCCAAACAGUGGAACUCUGCCAUUUAGGAUUCAUUUGAGUCAGAUGCACUUUUAUGUAAAAUUAAUGUUGUUGGUUAUUGUUUGCCUUACGAAAUUAACUUUUUUUUUUUUACUUUAAAUAUUACAUUUCUUUUACUUUUAUUUAAAUCCCUAUGUUCAUCCAUUCCUGAAUUUUUAUAUUCAAAUAUAUAUGUAUAAAUAUAUUUUUUAUAUAUUGACUCUAGACAAUUUGAAAUCUAAUGAGGAUGCAUUUAGACCUAUGAGAUAAAUGUUGCCGUUCGAAAUGAUAAAUUGUUAAAGCAGCUGGUUUUGCAGAAAUUACAACAUUGGGGUUUAUUAGUGAAACACUUUGGGUGGAAAACGACCUCUGGCUAUCUUACCUGGUCUCUGCUCCAAAACAAGAAACAUAUCCACAUUCCUGGCUCCAGUAUAAUAUAUUAUGUCUAAAGGUCCAUGCUUUAUUAAAUGGCAACACUUUUCCAUUGGACCCUUUCUGUUGGACUGCCCUGUCAAACCUCUCACAGUUUCAGUACUUCUUUAACAAGGCCACCGCCUAGGAGUUAAAGGCUACUGAAGUUCCUCCAUAUUUCUCCUUGCUGGCGUGAUGUGUGGGAAAUAGAGGGGAAGUAUGUGAAGUGUCAUUUAGAAUGCUGUAGUGUAACUACAGUGAAGUGUCAUUUAGAAUGCUGUAGUGUAACUACAGUGAAGUGUCAUUUAGAAUGCUGUAGUGUAACUACAGUGAAGUGUCAUUUAGAAUGCUGUAGUGUAACUACAGUGAAGUGUCAUUUAGAAUGCUGUAGUGUAACUACAGUGAAGUGUCAUUUAGAAUGCUGUAGUGUAACUACAGUGAAGUGUCAUUUAGAAUGCAGUGAAGUGUCAUUUAGAAUGCUGUAGUGUAACUACAGUGAAGUGUCAUUUAGAAUGCUGUAGUGUAACUACAGUGAAGUGUCAUUUAGAAUGCUGUAGUGUAACUACAGUGAAGUGUCAUUUAGAAUGCUGUAGUGUAACUACAGUGAAGUGUCAUUUAGAAUGCUGUAGUGUAACUACAGUGAAGUGUCAUUUAGAAUGCUGUAGUGUAACUACAGUGAAGUGAAGUGUAACUAGAAUGCUGUGUCUCACCAGAAUAACCUUCUCUUAGUGUCAUUCUUGCAGAGCAGAGCGACUGAAUGUGUGCGUUAGUUAGACUGAGCUGAGCAGGGCAGGGAUGGAGGAGUUCUGAUCAGGUAGAUGCCAGAGACCGGGGUUCCACCCAACAUGACGACUUUGUUUAGCUCAGGGUUCGAGAGACCGACCGGUGCCCAAUGUCUGGGGCCCUCCACACUGAGCAAAGGGCUUUCUACAAUUACCUUAUUUUAGUUUUAUUUUCCAUUUAUUUCCAUUUAUUUCAUUGUUACUGGCUCUAAAAUACUUUCAUAAGUGAAUCAAAUGGGUAUCAUGUGGCUGCUAGAUGUUAAAGAAGGCAGCUAAGAAUCAGUUCAGUAUUAGAAAUGAUCCUGUUAUAUACAAAGAGCCAAAACAAAUGUUUCUGUUAACAGAAGAACCCUGGGGUAAGCAAAUGAAACAGGAGUUAAACGUUUAGAUAUAUACAUGUAUGGAAAUGUAUAAAUGAGUAUGUUGAAUGACAGGGGACUUGCAGUGCAAAGUCACUCCAGUGUAUCAAAUGUAUUUACGUAGAAAAAGGAACAGUAUGUUAAAUGACAUUGUUUUUCUAUAUCUUUGAGUGCCUAAUUUCAAAAACAAAUAAAUGUUCUUUGUCGCUG